AUGUAUACCCAUACACAUACGCAGGCGCUGUUCGUGUUGGAGAAGGCACGGCGCCCUGGUCGCAUGCUCGUUCAGGGCACAGGCCAACGCGGUGACAACGAGCAGCAUCCCCGUCCUCGCGGAUCGCAAACCGGAGAGCGUCGAUUCACUACCAGGACUGCGUGCUCGGGUUGUGUUGUGGCGACGCAUAGCGUCGGGGCACUCAUCUUGAUGACUAAGCGGGUGCAGCUUUUGAACCGACCGGCUUGA